AUGGACACAGAUGCAGAGAAGUUCGUAAGAGCCUGUAAAGGGUGUACGUUGGUAUCUAUACCAAAUGCGCCCACCCCAAUGAAGCGACGUGAACUACCUACAGAAUCAUGGAUUGAUGUGGCGGUAGACUUCCUAGGCCCUCUACCGAGUGGCCAUUAUCUAUUUGUGGUCAUCGACUACUUUAGUCGUUAUAAAGAAAUAAAAGUUAUGAAGUCCAUAACAGCAUCUAAUACAGUUAGCUGCCUCAAAGAAAUCUUCUCUAGGCUAGGUUUCCCAGUUUCGAUUACAGCAGAUAAUGGGAAGCAAUUUAUUUGUGAGGAAAUCACACAAUUCUGUAAGGAUGCAGGAAUUAAGGUAUAUAACACGAUACCAUACUGGCCCCAGCAGAAUGGACAAGUCGAGCGACAGAAUAGAGACAUUUUAAAAAGGCUCAAAAUCAGUCGAAUACAGAAAACCGACUGGAAGCAGGACCUGUUGGAUUACCUAAUGAUGUAUAACGCAACACCACAUACAACAACAGGAAAACCACCAGCAGAACUUUUCUUUAGGAGGCAAUUCCGAGACAAAAUACCAGCAAUUCCAACUUUGAACAGUUCUAUCGUAGACGAAGAAACUCGAGACAAUGAUUUGAUGAACAAAUUUUGGGGCAAGAAAUACAGCGACGCCAAAAGAAAAGCAAAAGCGGAUGACAUCCGAAUAGGAGAUAAAGUUUACGUAAAAAAUACAGUAAAGGAAAAUAAGUUGGUACCAAAUUUCAACUCAACCCCUCAUACGGUGGUAAAGAAAAAUGGUAGUGACGUCCAAGUAGAAAACGACGAAACUGGCCAGCAAUACAGACGUAAUGUCGUCCAUUUAAAAAAGACAGAGGGGCAAUGGAAAGUAAUAAACACUGCAGGGGAUGAGGAAACUUCACUUGAGCAAAAUAAUGAACACCAUACUUAA